AUGGCCACUGCAGAGGCAGAGCAGUUGAUUUUAUUUUUUAAAUAUCAAGGUGACCAUGCUGUUCUGUGUGUCAGAAUCAAGAACGUAGCAGUAGCUGUGACAAAAGCAGCUAGACUUCACCUGUUUCAAGCACAGGAAUGGCAGAAGCUGCAGAACGGUGUCCAAGAUCACAGCUGUACAGAGAAGUUCACUAAAGCUCAGCUGACAAUGACUGUGAACCACACAGAGCAAAAUCUGACAGUGUCCCAGAUUCCUUAUCCGGAAACAUGGUAUGUGUUUUAUGUAGACAAGUUUACCUGCGAGGAGAAUUAUUCUGAAUCCGAGGAUAUUCAGUUUGAAAUGGUCUUACUAAACCCAGAUGCAGAAGGGAAUCCAUUAGAUCACUUUAGCGCAGGGGAGUCUGGAUUACAUGAAUUCUUUUUCCUGCUUGUCCUAGCGUACUUCGUAACUGCUUGCAUAUAUGCACAGUCCCUAUGGCAAACAAUUAAGAAGCGUGGACCUAUGCAUACUGUAUUAAAGGUGUUGACAAUUGCAUUAUUGUUGCAGGCUGGUUCAGCUUUUGCCAACUACCUGCAUUUCUCAAGUUAUUCUAAAGAUGGAAUAGGAGCACCUUUUAUGGGAAGUCUGGCAGAAUUGUGUGACAUAGUCUCACAGAUACAAAUGCUGUAUUUAUUGUUGAGUCUCUGUAUGGGUUGGACAAUAGGCAGAAUGAAGAAAUCUCAUGGCAGACCUCUUCAGUGGGAUUCUACUCCAACAUCUACUGGCAUUGCUGUAGUAGUUGUUGUUACACAGAGCUUUUUAUUAAUUUGGGAGCAGUUUGAAGAUACGAAUCACCACAGCUACCAUUCACACCAUGGCUUAGCGAGUGGACUGCUUAUUGGCCUCAGAGUUUGCCUAGCUGUGUCACUGGCUGCUGGUCUUUACCAGAUCAUCACAGUGGAGAGAAGCACGCUGAAGAGGGAGUUCUAUAUCACCUUUGCUAAAGCCUGCAUUCUCUGGUUUUUGUGCCACCCAUGUCUUGCAUCCAUUUCUGUAAUAUUCAGAGAAUAUCAAAGAGAAAAGAUUAUUACCAUAGGUGUUAUCCUCUGUCAGUGCAUCUCCAUGGUUAUCCUCUACAGACUUUUUCUAUCUCAUAGUCUAUACUGGGAAGUAUCUUCACUGUCAUCAGUGACAUUGCCACUAACAGUAUCCUCUGGACAUAAAAAUCGACAUCACUUCUGAGAUGUUUAGGAAGAAGACAUUAUGUAAUAAAUGUGCAAUAAUGAUCUAAAUAUACAGGUAUUUUUGUCAUAGGUGUGUGAUACAUUGGUUUCACUGGAAGAAUGAGUGAUAAUAUCAGAGCACUUCAUAGACCUCUGGUCUCACAAGGUCCCUAGAUUAAUCUGUUAAAAGUAUUACGUAGUGGAAAAAUUCAUAAUUUUAAUAAUUUUAUAAAUAUUGUUUAUGUGUAGUAUGUGGUGCUGAGCUGUAUCACAGAAAAAUAUAAUGAAUCUUUUCUCUCCCAUUCACAGCCACAAAAAAUGUCCUUACUUUAUAUCAAUACUAGGUUUGAAGGUCUUACAAAAUGCAGUUCUUAAAACAUGUACAAGCUCAAACAAGUCUGAAAUAGGCCAGUUGUGAAAUUGGUGUGAUGUGUAAUGAUGAGUACAA